AUGAAGCCACUUUUGCUGCUCCUCACGGCUCUCUGCCCUUUGCUGUUGCAGGCAGAGGCACAGAAUGGACUUGCACCCUUGAAAUAUUUGACCAUUCCACUCGGAAAAAUCAAACCAUCCGGAUGGUUAAUGGACCAACUGAAAGUUCAGACCAAUGGCCUAGCUGGUCACCAACACGAGUUUUACGCUUAUGUAUCUCAAACGGAUUGGAUGGGCGGGAACUCAUACUACUCCAAUUUGGAGGAGGCUGGAAGUUACUGGUUUAACGCCAUGGUCCCGAACGGCAUUCUGGUCAACCACACGGCUAUCAAUGCGAGAGCUUCCGAAUUCCUGUCCUACGUUCUCUCUCAUCAAGAUUCGACGGGGUGGCUCGGCCCAGAGGUUAACACCACCAAGCCUCGCUACCUCUGGGGCAGGUACCCAUUCAUGUUCGGCGCCAUACAAAUGCUUGAAUACGACCCCUCUCUGACCGACCAAGUCGUGACGGCGUUGCACAAGUUCGUUGUGGUCGCCAACUCAAUGUUGCAUGCCGGCCAAGGUGUUGAUGCAUGGGCUCAGACUCGUUGGGAGGAUUUCGUCAUGGUCCUUCAGUGGCUAUACGACUAUCACCCCAAUGGAAAAGAGGAUCUGCUCAUCGACACCAUGAAGUAUCUGAAGUGGACCGGCGUUCCUUGGGAGAAGGUAUUCAGCGAACAGUAUUUCCCUACCACUGCAGUGGAACAUACACCCAAUCCUUUCGGCUUGCCCUUGACGUGGCAUGGGGUCAACAUGGCUGAAGGCCUCAAAGCUUUGCCAUCUACGUAUCGCUUUACUCACAACCAGACUGAUCUGGAUGUCGCGAGCAAGGGCUGGGACAUGCUCUUCAAAUACCAUGGCCGUCCGUCUGGUAUCUAUUCAGCUGACGAAUACCUCGCUGGCUUGGAGGCCGUUCGAGGAACCGAACUAUGCUUGGUAGUGGAAACGAUGUUCUCUGGAUCGUACCUAUAUCAGGUUAUGGGCGACCCGAAGUUUGCUGAUCGAGUCGAAAGGAUCACAUACAACGCCCUUCCCGCGACGUUGACGGGCGAUAUGUGGUCAAGGCAGUAUCUUCAGCAACAGAACCAAAUCGCUGCCAAGAAUAUGAAUCCAAACCCAUUCCCGAACGACGGGGCUUAUUCCAACGUCUUCGGUCUCGAGCCUAAUUAUCCAUGCUGCACGGUCAACCACCCUCAAGGAUGGCCCAAGUUCAUUACAAAUGCCUUCUUGACGACUCCCGAUAAAAGGUCAUUGGUCCACCUAUACCUCGGUCCUUUCGAAACAGCUGUCACUUUAAACUCUGAGAAUCAAGUCAAAGCUGUUGUUGAUACCCAAUACCCAUUCAGCGACAUCCUUGCCACGACGGUCACAGCUACGAAGGCGUUCACUUAUUAUGUCCGCAUCCCUAGCUGGGUCAUUGGUGGUACGAUUGCCAUCGAUGGAAGAGCAGCACAACCUGUUGCACCGGUGAAUGGUCUCCAAGCAGUCUCAGCAAAGGCAGGCACAACCACAUUCGUUCUUACCUUGCCUGCACCUGUCACCACUGAGAGUCGGCCCCAUGGCUCGAUUGCCGUUCAUCGUGGACCUCUGCACUAUGCCUUUGACAUCCCGCGCAGCGCAACGGUGCUCUCCAGAAGUGCCCAACAGCCCCUCGCCGUUGACCUUCAGUUUGACGCUACAGCCCCCUGGCAAUACGCUAUUGACCCUGCUACACUUGAGUUCGUGCCCGACACUCCUGCUGCGACACUUCCUUCGCCCAUAUUCGACUCUGGCAAACCACCACUCUCGAUUACUGUAUCUGCCUGUCCUGUCUCGUGGCCGAUCGCGGGCGAUACUUUCGCGGCGUCUCCGCCUACCAACCCGGCGUGCACAGGCUCAGCUAGGACGAUUAAGCUGACGCCGUUCGGGGCUACGAAGUUGCGCAUUGCAGAAUUCCCAGUUUUUAAGUCGGGAUGA